AUGUCCUCCUCCUCCUCCUCUUCCACCCAGACGAAAAAGAAAGACCACUGGUCCUCAGAAUCCUACGCCUCCUCCGCCGCCUUCGUCCCCAAACUAACCUCCACCGUCCUCUCCUACCUGUCCCCCACCCCCUCCUCCACAAUCCUCGACAUCGGCUGCGGCGACGGCCUCCUAACCACUCAAAUCGCACGUUCCGCUCACUCAGUCCUCGGAAUCGACGCGUCAGAAUCCUUCAUCGCGUCCGCCAACCAACGCCUCCAAACCUCGUCGUCGUCGGAGGAGGAAGGAAAAGCGCUACAAGGAAAAUGUACCUUCUCCCUCUGCGACGCCAACAGUCUCCUCUCCUCCCCUUCCGUUCAGGAACAAGUGGAGAAGCAUGGAGGGUUCGAUAAAGUGUUUAGCAACGCGGCGAUGCACUGGAUCCUCCGCCACCCCUCCACGCGGGACCCAUUCUUCACAUCCAUCCACCGCGUGCUCAAAUCGGGCGGGACGUUCACCUUUGAAAUGGGCGGCGCAGGAAACGUAGCCGAGAUCCUCACAGCCACCACUGCCGCUCUGCGUUCCAUCGGCGGGCUUUCCCUUUUCGAAGCGAGGGAAGCGAGUCCCUGGUUUUUCCCUAGUGUGGCGUGGAUGAGAGCUUGCCUUGAGAGGAAUGGAUUUGUAGUGGAAAUUUGUGAGACGGAGUAUCGACCGUCGAGAAUGACGGAGACGGAGAAAGGGGGACUGGAGGGGUGGGUGAGGUUGAUGUGUGCGGAGUUUUUGGAACGGGUGGAGGAUGAGGGGAAAAAGGAGGAGUGUGUGAGGGCGAUUUGUGAGAAUGUGGAGGGGAGUGUGUGGAGGGAGGAGGAUGGGUCGAGGUGGUUGGGGUAUGUGAGGUUGAGGGCUGUUGCGAGGAAGAAGUGA